GCCACAAUGAGCCAUUUUGGAAAUGUCGGAAUCGCAGAGAUAUGUCAACAUUGACAUGUUUGUGUGCAUUACAGUAAUUUCAAGUAAAUAAUGAAUGAUUUAUUAAUUGACAAUGAACCAGAGAAGUCCUAUUCAACCAUAUCUUAGUAAUUCAUUGGCUGUUCGCCAAGAAAUUCAACGUUUUGAGAGUGUACACCCAAGUAUCUACGCGAUUUAUGAUCUUAUUGAUGCCAUACCCGACCCCCUCAUUCAGCAACAGAUCAGGGAACAUGUAGUUUGUAUUGAAGAUUCCUUUGUGAACAGCCAAGAAUGGACUCUAAGCCGGUCAGUUCCAGACUUAAAAUUGGGCAUCUUGGGCCAUGUACACAGUGGAAAGUCGGCCCUGGUCCAUCGCUACCUGACAGGGUCCUACAUGCAAGAGGAGUCCCCAGAAGGUGGGCGGUUCAAGAAGGAGGUGAUCAUUGAUGGACAGAGUUACCUGCUCCUGAUCAGGGAUGAGGGUGGGGCACCUGAAAUACAGUUCACCCAGUGGGUUGACGCUGUGAUAUUUGUGUUCAGUCUGGAAAACGAGAUGAGUUUCCAGUCAGUGUAUCAGUACUACCUGAAGAUGACCCACUUCAGGAACACUGCUGAAAUCCCUCUCAUCCUUGUUGGCACUCAAGAUGCCAUUAGUGAGAGCAACCCCCGUGUGAUAGACGAAGCCCGAGCCAGAAAGCUAGCCAAUGAUUUGAAGCGCUGUUCAUACUACGAAACGUGUGCAACUUACGGCCUUAAUGUAGAAAGAGUCUUUCAAGAUGCAUGUUCUCGAAUAGUGCAGUUUCGAUACCCCAGCAUGCCUUCCGCCCUCCCCAACGUGCCAAGUACCCCCAACCACUCCCAGCGUCCCUUCUACGUCACCCAAACCUCCAAGCCAUACGACACACAUAGCAACAGUAGCCAGUCCACAUCCAGCAGUGGUACCUUGGUUACUAGGGUCGACCCAAAUGUAGCACAAGUGCAGCCAAUCCCAAAAGACUUUGGCAAGGAGAAAGAAUCGAAAGAGAAGGACAAGGUGGACAAGAAGAAAGAGAAACAAAAGCAGAAGGAUCAGCUACCACAGCCCCCGGAUGAUGAGGCUGAUGUCGAUAAUUAUCCACACUCGACCCCCUUGUCUCCACGUAAAAGUAGUAAGAAACAGUCUAAUGCUGUCCAGAAGUCCAACUCCUUUAGCGGGGCCACCACGCUACGAAACUUCACGCAAUCCCAGACUACACCAGUUCUUACACGGAAAAACUCUAAGUUUUCAAAACCUUCAUUCCUUGGUGAGAAAAUGGAGCGGUAUAUGAUGGAAUUACAAGUUCAUGAGAACGUACCUGUUACACCCAAUCUUAGCAACCGAUCUUCUCGGGACAAACCCGAGCCUAAAGAGCUCCCCACCCCUUCCAGUACGCCAACCCAGAGUAGAAAAUCACGGCGAAGAUCAAAUCUCUUCAAUACCAGAUACCACACUCAGCCCAUAGUUCUGAAUGUAUUUAAACCCAAGAACAAGGAUAAGGACAAAGACAAGGACAAGAGUCAGACUGAUGACAAGCUGCAAGAUGGAGGGGAGAAGCUGGGCUGUGGCCGAGUCAUACCCAUCAAACAGGGCUACCUGUACAAGAAGACUCAUGGAUUGAAUAAGGACUGGAAGAAGAAGUAUGUAACCCUGCUAGACGAUGGUCGCCUCACCUACCACCCCAGCCUUCAUGACUACAUGGAAGACGUGCAUGCCAAGGAGAUUCCCCUGGGUCAUGUGACAGUCAAGGUGCCUGGAAUGCGACCCCGAGGGUCAAGGUCAACUAGCACCAAUCAUGACCCCACCAACAACGGCAAUGUCGCCAUGGAGAUGAACAAUCUCUCUAUAGGAGGUAUGGCCAACGGUGAUUUCAACAAGCUGCAAGUGAAUAACAACGCCAUUAGCUCAAAAAUCGAGACCCCCAAUGUGAAGAAACGACAUCGGCGGGUGAAAAGUGCCGGCAUUAAAGAUUCUGGUCAAGGAGAUGAUGAUGACUGUGAGUUUGUGAUAGUGUCACUGUACAACAAACAGUGGCAUUUUGAGGCAAAUACCAGUGAAGAGAGAGAUGAGUGGGUGAACUCAAUAGAGCAGCAAAUCCUUGCUAGUCUCCAAGGCAACGAGAGUAGCGGCAAGAAGCAGUCCACCACCGACCCUGCUGGCAUCCUCGCCAUCAGAAAUACUCGUGGCAAUAACGCAUGUGCUGACUGUGGGGCCCCAGCCCCGGAGUGGGCCAGUCUCAACCUGGGGACCCUCAUCUGUAUAGAAUGCUCAGGAAUCCACCGCAACCUUGGCACCCACAUCUCCAGGGUCAGAUCCCUGGGACUAGACGAGUGGCCACUGGAUCUGAUCCAUGUGAUGACCUCCAUAGGAAACUCUCUAGCCAACACUGUCUGGGAGUUCAACUGUAAAGGUCGCCUCAAGCCCAGCCACACUGCACCUAGGGAAGAAAAGGAGAAAUGGAUUCGAACUAAAUACGAGACUAAAGAUUUUUUACCUCCCCCUCCAUAUGUAGAUAUUCCCUUAAAUCAGCAACUGAUAGAUGCCUUGGUUCGUGAAGACAUCCGGAACAUCGUGUUGAUUCUGGGCCACGCCUCCUCGGAGGACAUCACGGCUCCCUACAGCAAGGAUGAUGGGCGCACUGCCCUCCACAUCGCAGCUGCCCUGGGCAACGUGGUGUUUGUGCAGCUUCUGCUCUGGCAAAACGCCAACGUGAAGGUGGUGGAUCACGAAGGUCGGAAUGCACUCUGGUACGCAAAGAGUUCAGCCUCACAGGAAUGUGUGGAGUUGUUAAUGAACAGUGGGUGCCCAGAGAACCCCACGUUACCACGGAGACGAGGCAGCUCUCACCAGGGGGGUAGCGGGAAGAAUGACGUCUUCGAGAAACUACCCUCCAGCGUUAUUUAGGCUUUCACAGUACUACUUCAUGGUGUAACUUCUUUGGAUUUAGGGUUUUAAUUUUGUAAUCACGGCUUCAAAUAAUAUUUUAAGGUGUAUCAUGUAAUUGAUUUUAGAAGAACUUAAGAUAAAAUUCAUCAGAGAAUAAGGUGGUAAUGUGAAAUUUAUGGACAAAGCUUGCUUGUUGUUUUUUUUAAGAUAAGUGCUUUUUGUUUUACUUAUGAUGAAUUUGUAUCAAACACAAAUUGACAAAAUAGCUUACACAAUUUAAACAGGUGCUUUGUUUCUUUACAAAGUGGUUACUAUUGGUUAGUGACAUUAAAUGGUUGUGUCAGUAUAGUGAUGUAUGGUAGGAUGUACACAUUGCUGGCUGUAUUGGUAUGGUAGCUGGUAUCAUUUUGGCAUAAACAUGGUUCUGGGCUGCCCAGUUGAGCUGCGUGGGUUUCAACUAUUUUUGUUUGAAAAAACUAAAUUCAUGUAUAACAAAUCUGAAACAAAAGUACACGUGAUUUUCUUAUGGCAGUACAAAUGUUCAAGCGUUCAGUAUACCAGUACACAAAACUAUCGCCAUGUUCUCAAAUAUAAAAUCAGUUGCCAUCAUACAUCAAGCAGUUUGUAUAUGUGCCAAUACAAGUCUUUUAGAAUUCUGUUUGUACAGGUUGUAGAUAGAGUUUUUAGAUACAAUGUUUAUGUAGUGUUUACAUUGUCGUUUUGUUUCCUAGAUAAUAUUCAUGUGUUUAUACAGACAAUAUCAACUUAUGUGCAAUAACAUAUAAAUAUCUUUUAAUCAUAUUUUCACUGGCCAUAUUGGUAAAGUUCACAGAUUUUAUUUGAUGAAUACAGCAAUUAGGAGGGUCUUCACUGUCAUGCUUGUCACAGAAAUGAAAUCACUGAUGUUUAGCUCGGCUGUUUUUGGAGAAAACCCGAGGUAUUGUCAUGGCCAGCUCGUCGUCCGGCGUCUGAAGUCAGCCGUGAUAAAACCUUAACAUUGGCUCUAAAAUUAAAGUGCUUCCACCUAAAACUUUGAAACUUCAUAUGUAGAUGCACCUUGAUGAGUUCUACACGCCACACCCAUUUUGGCUCACUAGGUGAAAGGUCAAGGUCACUGUUUACUUAUUUUGUUAUCAUUUAUUCAAAACUGCAUCCGCAGCCGAGCGUUGGCAACCGUUAUGCGGUGCUCUUGUUCACUCAUCAUUUCUGUACUUUCAAACUUGUCGAAGCUAUUUUUUUAAGUGUGUAAAGAUACCCAGCAAAAAAUGUAUAUUUCUGUGUCAUUCUUCAGAAUCACACUUUCACAGUGGUUUGAUGAUUGUGUUCACUUUGUUUGCAGUAUAUGUACAUUAUAGUAUCAGCUUUUAAUUGUUAACAAUAUGUUUUCUACACUGUAAUCUUAACUCGACACAUUUUAUAAAAGUAAGUAAAUAGAUUUUUUUAACUAAAAAUCUGUGUCUUCUGAGAAGCAUAACUUAUGUACCUGACCACAUGGACAUUCUGCACAGGCUAAUAAGGGACGACACUUUUAUGGUAUUUUUCGUUAAAUGAAAGUCUCUGCAUAUCAGAACGCCAGUUUAUACGGACCAUGUUGUCCCUUACAUAUGUUAUAAUGACACUUUAACCCUUUCCCACUUAGAAGAACAGUGAAAAGGCUAUGUGCAAACAAAAUAAAACCACAACAGCCUGCGAGUUACUCGUAGUCUAUUCAGGUUUUAUGUUGUUUGCUGCGCAUCAGUAAUUUAUGGUUGGAAAUGAAGCCUUUAAAACGUGAAUCUGGUAAGAAAGGUCUUUAAUUAAACAUAACUUUCUAAGGGACAAAAAAUGCGUGAAAAUACAUAUCUAAGUGGUAAAGGGUAAAGCACAUGUAUUAAAGCUCGUUUGCUCUGAGCAAGUCUCGUACUUAUGUCUUAUUGCAAGAUUGAGUUUCAUCGCUAACUACAGUUCUGGCACUAUAUGUAUACUGUUCCAGGACCAAUAGCCGUAAAACUUGUAUUACUAAUGACUUUGAGUUGACAAUUAAGCAUUCAAUUUGUUAGAGAAAAUCUACAGGUGGAAGGCCUGCCGCAGGUCCAGCAUUUCUUCCGUAUAUUUUAAACAAACAAUGCAUCAUUAAUCCUCAUAAUUAAAUUAUCAGUUAUUUCUUAUCAAAAUAAAUGUUGUUUUCUCAUUUUUCCGAUAAGUGGGUACUUAUUUGCAUAAGCUAAUCCUAUCAAAAUGAAUCAAUUUUCAGUCUACAAGUAUUAAAUAUAUUCAGUUUACAAGUAUUAAAUAGAUGAUUUCACAAUAAAUUAAAUCUUAGUUUAUUGGUCAUCUGACGUUAAUCAAAUUGAAAGAAGAAAUAAUGCCCUCCAUUCAAUUGUUGCUUUAAUUUGUAAAAAUGAGAAUCGAGCAAUAGAUAUUAAUGCUGAAAUGCAGUUAUUUGUCCUUGAACAGUAAUUAUCUAAUAUAUACAUGUGCUCAGUUUAUGAAAUUAUUAUAUAUUUAUUAAAUUGUACAUACAAUUGUACAAGGUUUAUGUCAGCAAUAUUUCAGCUUGUUUAUUGCAUUCUUGGAUGUGCACCUUUUUAACUACAGACCAUGAGCUGGUCUUUAGGAAAACCAGGGUUAGUGCAUCCAUGUAAAGUGUCAUCUCAGAUUAGUCUCUACAGUUUGCACACGCUAAUACUGGACGAUACUUUAUGCACAUACAUUAACCCUUACAGUGCUGGAACAGAAUUUUAAAGGCCUUUGCAAACAGUUUGGAUCCAGAUGAGGAUCCAAACUGUUAGCUAUUCUGAUAGUAUUCUUUGAAAAAAAUCGAAGAAAAUGCUAAUUUUAGAAAUUCAGCAGUCGACAUUUUAGCAGAUGACAAAUUACCCAGCAUGCAAAGGGUUAAGCCAGGUUUUCACAGAGUGUAGAGGAUACUGAUGCUGUAGAAGGAAACUUAUAUCAGCAUAAAUGUACCAAUUUUAUUAGCGAGGCUGUUUUCGAAGAAAACCCGAGGUAUUGUCAUAGCCUCUCGUCGUCAGCCGUCCGCCGGCGUCGUGCUUAAACCUUGACAUUGGCUCUAUAAUCAAAGUGCUUCCACCUACAACUUUGAAACUUCAUAUGUAGAUGCAACUUGAUGAGUUCUACACGCCACACCCAUUUUGGGUCACUAGAUCAAAGGUCAAGGUCACUGUGACCUCUAAAAAAAAAAAUUCUGACAAGCUUUCGCAGCCGAGCGUGGCACCCAUUAUGCGGUGCUCUUGUUACAUACAAUGUAGUUUUGUGCUCAAUAAUUGAUACACAAGUUGCUUAAGCCUAUCUCUGUUUUGCUGUGUACUUCACAUGUGCUUAACUUCUCGACCAUCAAACAUAACGGGUAAAUGUGGGUUGAUUUUAAUUUCACAAAUAAGGAAGGUCUUUUUUCAAAAGUUAGCAAUAUUUGUCAUUAUUAAAAAUUCCAAGAAUCAUGAUUUUUUUUAAGCAAAGGCCAGUGUGUAAAUAUGUGCAUGGUUUUAAAAAAGUGAAGUUUUAUUUGUAGAAUUGUGUAAAUGCGAAUGUAAAAUAGAAUACAAUAUUAAAUAAAUCAGGUUGUUAAACUGGGGUCUGGUUGACAAUGUCAUAUUGUUUACCAAGUACCAUUUCUUUAAUGGAAUGUCUGUUUGUAUCUAGUCGUAAUUUCUGAAAUCCAUUAUUGAUUCAUGCUUUUUUUUUAGGAAAUUUUUAUUUUAUUAAUUGUUUAUUUCAAUUUGUAUCCAACAUUACUUGAGUGAGCAUCAUUUGGAAUACUGAUAAAAUAAAUUUCAAUAAUUAAGGUUUGUGUUACUGUAGAAUAAAAUGGCAAAAUUUUGAGAAAUGUGUACAUUUUAUCAGCGCCUUAGGCAGUCUAAGGAGAUUGCAAUUAUUUUUUAAUCGGGUUAAAGAAUCUCAAAAUGCAUUAUUCAGAAAUCUGUAUGCAGACUUGUAGCAUUGUAACAUACGAGUCAAAGUUGUGUUGUACUUUGUGACAGCUUUCAUGCAUUUAAAAUAUACAGCUUGUUUCUUGCCCCUCUGAAAUAGUUCAAUAUUUCUAAUUUGAGCCCAUUUAAUAUCGUUUUAUUUAUCAGUAAUGCAUUUUGAAUGAAUUUUUUUUGUAAGUAAAUUAAGCAAUUCUUUGUUAUACCCAUAUAGUUUGUGUUAUAAUAUCUGUCAACAAAAGUUUGAUCAUUUAGGCAGUAUCAAGUUGUACAUAGGUCAAAGCUGUGCAAUACUCUAACCCAGGUUUUGCUGUAUUGAUUUUAAACUCCUUAUGUAUUUUAAUGGGUUUACUCUCUUCAGACAUCUGCAAUCACUGCAGUCUUGUUUUUAAUUACAAACAAAUUCUACAAUGCUCUUAUGAGUGAAAACAGUACACUGCUUAACAUACAGAAUCCAUGGGCAAUUAUUUUGCCUUAGCCCCUUAGCUUAAAGUGCAGGAAAUUUUGGGUACUUUUGUUACCUUCUAGUUUGGAAUUUUAUAGGCUAUUGAUCCUGUCUUUAAUUGACCAGUGUUGUCCCACAAAUAUACUUAAGCGUAACUGUAACCACCAUUAUUUAUAUUUCUGUGUAAUAUACAAAGUUUAUUGUGACCUUAGGUGUUUAAUAUGUAUUAUGUCUGAUAUUGUUAUAUGUAUAACGAUGCAGCUCUCAAUUAAAAACAAAAAUACUA